GAGGAGGACGGCACGGGCGGCCGCCUCGAGUUGGGCCCGGGAGGGCUCUCGCCGGAGGCGGCCCUGGCGCUGCGGCUCUGGGAGGCGGAGGCCAGGCGAUGCCCACGGACCGCAGCGGCCGCCGAGGACCUGCUCGACCACGGCGGGGCGGACUCCGCCGCGCGGCUGGAGCGCGCGGUCACGGCCGUGGCGUUUGCCCUGGUGGCCAGCGGCAGUGCAGCUACUCGGCAGGAGGUGCAGCUCGAGGGCACCCGCGCCCGGAGCGGCGGGGCGGCUGCCGCUGCGGAGUCGCUGUUCCUGUGGCUGGGCCGCGUCCGCGUGAACGCGGUGGCCGUGCGCACCCUGAAGGAGGAUGCAGGGGAGCUGCAGACGUCGAAGACGGCGCUGGCGCUUUACCCCACCCUAGCCGCAGCAGUGAACCACGACUGCCGCCCCGCGUGCCACCUCCGCUUCGGCCCCGGCCUGGAGCUGGCGCUGCUGGUGGGGCUCUCCGCCGGCGUGGCGCCAGGCGCAGCCCCCCCCCCCUUUGGGGUACGGCCCCACGGCCGCGUCGCUGCCCUCGCAAGCGCGGCGGGACGUCCUGCGGAGGCAGUACGGCUUCGAGUGCGGUUGCGAGGCCUGCCAGG